AGACACGAUCGCGCGCGAGAAAACUUGGUGUUGGCGCACGCAAAGCUAUUCCAGCUCUCUAGCACGCUUCUUCACCCCGUGAAGAAUCAAAGUGAACGCGCCGCCUCCAGCCGCAAUGGAUCAGCAACAACUCCCCCUCUCGCCGCCUUCUGAGCCGACACCGUCGCCUGCAGCCAAGUUGGUCCCGCUCGACUCGCCGCUUCGCACGACUCCCAUCCACGAACUUCUCUCGAGCAUUCGUGUUCCCGGCCCACCUCUACAGCCACACCAGUAUAAUCCAGUCACCUGUGAGCCAAUCGACGUGGAUGAAGUGAUGCGCACGCAGCUCGAGCAACUACGCCAAGAGUUCCCCUCGCCCGAAGCGGCACUGAAAGAACAAGAGCAGGUCGCAAGGGAGAUCAGGCAGAAGAUGGAAGAGGCCGAGAAGAAGCGCGAAGAGGUUCAGAAAGCGAUGGAUAAGAAGAUCAAGGAGCGAAACACGGAGAUGAAGGUCCUCUCGAAAUAUCAGAAGGUCAAGGCCUCGGACAUCCCGUCCUGAGAGCAGAACCCGCAGAAACGACAUGCACAGAUUCGCCUAAACAUCGUCGCACAACCUAUCUGCCCGACCGCCACCAAUCUUGCAACUCAAAGUGAAACUCGCGCCAUGCAAGAAACAGCGCAGUUCGC